AAAGUAUUUGUUGGUGGGUUGAGCUGGAACACAAAUCAAGAAAUGAUUCACAACUAUUUUUCAACGUUUGGUGAAGUUAUUGACAGUGUGGUCAUGAAGAACCCUCAGACAGGGAAAUCGCGAGGAUUUGGGUUCGUGACCUUUGACAACCCGGCUGUGAGUGAGAUAGUUUUAAAUGAUCCUGGUCACAUGAUAGAUGGAAGAAAGGUUGAUUGUAAGGCAUGUAAUGCUCGUACUGCAGUUAAUAGAGGACAGAGAGGGGCUGGAGUUAGUAAAAUAUUCAUGGGUGGAAUUCCAGGAGAUGCCAAUGAAGAUACUCUGAGAGAUAUUUUUCUUAGAUAUGGACCAAUUGCUGAGAUCCACAUUAUGUAUGAUCAAGAUAAGAAACGGUCUAGAGGAUUUGGAUUUUUGACGUUUGAAAGUGAAGAUUCUGUAGAUAAAGUUUGUGCUGAGCAUUAUAUAGAAAUACAAGGAAAGAAGGUUAAAAAACACUUAAGUUUUUCCAUUAGUUUAUUUUUUUUACAAUUCUAG